CGGGUCCUCAGCGCCAGCACCACCGACGCCAUGCUUGCCAUCACUCACUUCCGGUCUCGAAAAGUUUCUAGUUCCGCUAUCAAGAGAUCUACUUCCGGGCCCUGCGUGGCAGUUGGAAGAGUGGCUGGAGAAGUUGCAGGGAAUUAUUUGAUAGCACAUACUGAUGGCUCUGAAGAAGUCAUCACCCUCACUGGAUUCUGGUGAUAGUGACUCUGAGGAGUUGCCAACAUUUGCCUUUCUGAAGAAGGAACCAUCUUCAACAAAGAGGAGACAGCCUGAAAGGGAAGAGAAGAUUGUAGUGGUUGACAUCUCAGAUUGUGAAGCCUCCUGUCCUCCAGCACCAGGGUUACUUUCACCACCUGUCCCAGACAUAGCUGAAACUGUCACACAAACACAGCCAGUCAGGUUGCUAAGCAGUGGAAGUGAAGAUGAAGAAGAAUUUAUUCCUCUGGCUCAAAGGCUUAAAUGUAAGUUUCUGACCCACAAGCAACUGAGCCCUGAGGACUCUAGCUCCCCAAUUAAAAGUGUUUUGGAUCAUCAAAAUAAUGAAGGUGCGUCAUGUGACUGGAAAAAGCAGCCCUUUCCAAAGAUCCCUGAAGUUCCCCUCCAUGAUACCCUAGAGAGGAGUGCAGCAGAUAACAAGGACCUGAUCUUAGAUCCAUGCCGUCAGCUUCCAGCCUGCCUGUCUACCUGCCCUGGCCAGAGCAGCAGCUUGGCAGUAACUAAAACAAAUUCUGACAUCCUUCCACCCCAGAAGAAAACCAAGCGGAGUCAGAAGGUCCAGGGAAGAGGCUCACACGGAUGCCGGCAGCAGAGACAAGCAAGGCAGAAGGAAAGCACCCUGAGAAGACAGGAAAGAAAGAAUGCAGCACUGGUUGCCAGGAUGAAAGCCCAGAGGCCAGAGGAAUGCUUAAAACACAUCAUUGUAGUGCUGGAUCCAGUGCUUUUACAGAUGGAAGGUGGGGGCCAGCUCCUAGGAGCACUGCAGUCCAUGGAGUGCCGCUGUGUGAUUGAGGCGCAGGCUGUGCCUUGCAGUGUCACUUGGAGGAGAAGGGCUGGGCCGUCUGAGGUACUUUGGCAGGACGGAGAGGACUGGGUGGAGGAGCCAACAGUACUGGUGUUGCUCCGGGCAGAGGCAUUUGUGUCCAUGAUCGACAAUGGAAAGCAGGGAAGCCUGGACAGCACUAUGAAAGGCAAGGAAACGCUUCAGGGCUUUGUAACUGACAUCACGGCAAGGACAGCAGGGAAAGCUCUGUCACUGGUGAUUGUGGAUCAGGAGAAAUGCUUCAGCCUGGAGCUGCUGUUCUUUGAUUUCCUCCCCUGCACCAGUGCUCAGAAUCCUCCAAGAAGAGGGAAACAGGGAGCAAAUAAACAGACCAAGGAGAAGCAGCAGAGACAACCAGAGGCCAGCAUAGGGUCCAUGGUAUCCAGGGUAGACGCUGAAGAGGCAUUGGUGGAUCUGCAGCUACACACAGAAGCCCAGGCUCAAAUUGUGCAGAGCUGGAAAGAGCUAGCCGACUUCACAUGCGCAUUCACAAAGGCUGUGGCUGAGGUGCCCUUCAAGAAGCUCCGAGAUGAAACUACCUUCUCCUUCUGUGUGGAGAGUGACUGGGCUGGAGGGGUGAAGGUGGACCGUGCUGGCAGGGGACUCGCACUAGUCUGGAGGAGACAGAUUCAGCAGCUAAACCGAGUCAGCCUGGAAAUGGCCAGUGCAGUUGUGAAUGCCUAUCCCUCCCCACAGCUCCUGGUACAGGCUUAUCGGCAGUGUUUUUCGGAGCAAGAACGCCAGAAUUUGCUCGCAGACAUACAGGUGCGCCGUGGGGAAGGUGUGACAUCCACUUCUCGCCACGUUGGACCAGAGCUAUCCAGGCGUAUCUACCUUCAGAUGACCACUUUACAGCCACAUCUCUCUUUAGAUAGUGCUGACUGAUUCUAGCUCUCAGGGAUGAGGAUGAAAAGUUGGAAAUUUCCACCUCCCCAACCUCAGAGCCUGACUGCAAUGAAGAAACUGGCAGCACCUCCUGGAACACAAGCUUAGGUGAGGCCCAGUCUUUCUUGGGUCUUAUUAUUUGUGAAGGUCUCUGCCUAUCAGCUGGGGCAGAGACUGAAAUACUGCCACCUACCUUUGGCAUUUAAUGUUCCUCUCCUGGCAAAAAUUCACUAGCCACAGACAAACCACCCCCACUCCUACCCAGCCAGCCCUCAAAACACAAAGGAACAAAGACAGUCCACUCAAACACUUAUUUAAUAACUGUAGAAAUCCAAAAGAAUUAGCAUCAAAUCUUGAAGUCGUGAGUGAAGCUGCGGGUUGGCUUGACUGGGCUCAGCCACUGAGCUGCCUCAACCAGCCAAGGAAUGGGAUUAUGAUGACUAUGCGGACUUCUAUAUUGUCUUCAUCUCAUUGUGUGUAUUAUGUAUUUAGUUUCAAUAAAGCAUUUGUACCAAUGGC